CUCUCUCUUUGGGCAUGCUUAGAUUCCAAAGAAGCUUCACCCUCCCCUCCCCCACCUCGAUCCAUCACCACUUCUUCUCCCGCAUCUCAUCUUUUUUUACCGCCCGCCGUCCGCCGGCCUUGCAAUCCAACCACCGUACCCUUUUCUUUUCACCCGGCCAGAGCGUGCGUUGUAUUCUUCUAUCUCCGGCGUCAUCAGCUCACCAUCUGCAGAUCCCGACCCGGCGGCCGCCUUUUUCCGAUCCCUUGCCGUUUCCCCCCGGCUUAGGAACCCUCGAAAAGACGCCUCACCAUCUCCUUUGUGUCCUUGCUAACUAACUCCCCAUUAAAUCCUAGCUUCUUCCUCCCGCUGCCCGCCCUCCCAGUUGCUUCAUAAGCUAGCUAGCUAGCUGGUCAUCAGCCUGCUGCCCACACGUACCCAACGCCGCGCACGCAAACCGCCCGGCGGGAGCACCAACCGGGCCAGCAGCAGGAAAGCUAGCUAGCGCGACGACCGAGCAAGCUAGCUAGCUAGCUCUAUUAGGUGCCCGCCGCCCGCGUCCAAUUGAAGAAGGAGGCUGCAACUUGCAAGGGAGGAGGAGAUCGUCGUCGUCCAUCGAACUCGAUCGGCAAAUUAGUCUUCACGGUGGUGGUGGUGUAUCCAUCCAUCCAUCGAUAUAUGCAGGGCGGUGCUGAUCAAGGAGGAGGGAUGGAGAUGAGCUUCGCCGGCGGCGCCGAGUGCUCGUCGUCUUCGGCUACAGCGGCGGCUGCCGCAGCCGCAGCGGCCGCGUCGGAGGCGGAGGAGCGGCAGCUGCUCAAGGGGGAGAUCGCGGUGCACCCGCUGUGCGAGCAGCUGGUGACGGCGCACGUGGGGUGCCUGCGCGUGGCGACGCCCAUCGACCACCUCCCCCUCAUCGACGCGCAGCUGGCGCAGUCGAGCGGCCUCCUCCACUCCUACGCCGCCCACCACCGCCCCUUCCUCUCCCCGCACGACAAGCACGACCUCGACUCCUUCCUCGCGCAGUACCUGAUGCUGCUGUGCUCGUUCCGCGAGCAGCUGCAGCAGCACGUCCGGGUGCACGCCGUGGAGGCCGUCAUGGCGUGCCGCGAGAUCGAGCAGUCACUGCAGGACCUAACCGGCGCGACGCUGGAGGAAGGCACAGGGGCGACCAUGUCGGAGGACGAGGACGAGCCGCCGAUGCUGGAGGGGGCACUGGACAUGGGCUCGGACGGGCACGACAUGAUGGGCUUCGGCCCGCUCCUGCCCACCGACUCCGAGCGCUCCCUCAUGGAGAGGGUCAGGCAGGAGCUCAAGAUUGAGCUGAAGCAGGGUUUCAAGUCAAGAAUAGAGGAUGUGAGGGAAGAAAUCCUUCGGAAAAGGAGGGCCGGGAAGCUGCCUGGGGACACCACCAGCAUCCUCAAGCAAUGGUGGCAGCAGCACUCCAAGUGGCCAUACCCCACGGAAGACGAUAAGGCGAAGCUUGUUGAAGAGACUGGCCUGCAGCUGAAACAAAUCAACAACUGGUUCAUCAACCAGAGGAAGAGGAACUGGCACAACAACUCCCAGACGUCAACCCUCAAAUCAAAGCGCAAGAGGUGAUCAUGGAGAUCGAGCUGCGGUGCACAACAUAUACCUGACACAUAUACCAACACGCUAAUCGUAUCAGACGGAGCUGGACCAUGCAUGGUGACUCACAAGAAAAAAAUAAUAAUAAAGAGGAUCGACCCGACCGAUUCAACUGUAUAUCUACUAGUCAUUAGUCAGAGGUGACAGUUUCAUGACACACAUACACACUAGCCUGACCACUGGCAUAUUUGUUUGCUGUGAUUUUUAUUUGAGCUUGUAUGCAUGCAUGCAUGCUCAAACCAUAUUAUUCUUGUUACUGUAUAGAUACAGUUUGUCCCCACUGCACGUAUCUAAUCCGAGGAUUAUUAAUUCA